UCAUUUUUAUCACAAAGAGAAACAAGCACAUUCCAUCCCAGAAUUCCGAGGAGGACGCGCAUCACGCAAAGAGGUAUUGUCGCUGUCUUCUGCCUGGUGUUCGCGAAGGCAUCACUUUCUUCGAGCCUGGGCAAGAAAGAGCCAUGGGCACAGUCGUAGAAACAUCGUACACGGUAGAAACCAUUCCAGGAGGUGAGCCUCUUGGAGUGGAAAAUGGAGCUAUAGCGGAUAACUGUCUCACUGCUUCCACAUUCUCAGGCCACGCGCCUCCACAUUUAGCCCGUUUAAACGGGCCUUCGGCCUGGUGCGCUGGAAAAGCAACCGACUGCUAUUUGCAAGUUGAUCUUGGAAGCCUUCAUUUGCUUUGUGGUGUAGCAACACAGGGAAAUCCAGGGGGAAACAGAGAUUACGUCAAACGAUAUAAACUUCUCUCCUCCUCAGACGGCGAGAGCUGGGAUACGUAUGAGGAGAAUGGAAACGAUACCAUCGACGGAAACUCCAAUAACUGGGGCGUAAACAAGAAGGAAUUGGACAAAGAGAUCAUCACUCGAUACGUGAGGUUUUGCCCAGUCGACUGGUAUUGCUGGCCAUGCAUGAGAGUCGAAUUGUAUGGAGCUGCACUCAACAUAGGAGACGGAUUUCAAACAACUCAGUCCGAUGAUGAUGGAAGUUAUGUUGUAGAGAAAGUUUUGUAUACAACUGUUGAGACACGUGUUGAGGAGAAUGGCGAGCCAGACGACGACUCGCUGAAGGAACAAGAGAAACAGAUAAUCCGAGAGGCAAAGGAAAGGCAGCGAAUUGAAGAAGAUCAACAGAACAGAUUGGAAGAAAUUCAACUGAUUAUUGAGCAAGAAGAAGUUAAGAGAAAGCCAUCCAGCGGAGAUAUGGAUGAGAAAGAACGAAGGGAAGCUGAGGCGCGAAUCCAGUUGGUUCUCAAUGAAGAAAGAGCAUUAGAGCGGCGAGAAAAACCUGAUGGACAAGAUGUACCACCACAAAUGAAUAACAUUGAGGAGGACAGAAACGAACGGGUAACAAAAGAAUACAGCAGAAUCGAUGAAGAGCAUCGAAAACGAAUGGAAGCGCUUAGUGCGAUACUGAAUGAAGACGAAGAACGGAGGAAGAGAGAGAGAGAGGAAAGACGGUUAGCUGAAGAGGAGGCGAGGAAAAAGAGAGACGAAGAGAGACGAAAACAGGAAGAAGAAAUCAGGCGAAAGCGUGAAGAAGAAAGAGUUAAAUGGGAAGAGGAACAUCGAAAAUGGGAAGAGGAGAGGAAAAAACGAGAUAAAGAAUUGGAAGCUGUGUUAGAGGAAGGAAGGAGAAGACGAGCUGAAGAGAAGCGGAAACGAGAAGAGGAAUUGAAAAAAGCGAGAGAGGAGGAGAGAAAGAAACGGGAGGAAGAAAGGAAAAAACGUAUGGAUGAAGAGAUGAAGAAGCUGGAAGAACAAAGAAAAGAAAGGCAAGCAAAAUGGAAUAGCAGGACUGAAGUUUUCAUUCCUGAAAAGAAGGACGCCGUAGACAAUAAAAAUCGACAAGAUGAGAAAAAAAAGAUAGAGGAAGGAUGGAUCAAAAGGGUUGAAACCCCACGCAAAGUUGAGGAAGAAAUGAAACGAUUCAGAGACGAAGAACGAAAACGCCUUGAAGAGGAAAGAAAAAAGUUGUUGGAGAAGGAAAUUGAAGAGGUAGAAGCAGAAAAAGAAUUUAAAUCGGAGAUUAGAGUUUUAAGGCAAGAGAGACCAGAAACCGUAACCAAAGUGUCUGUGGCAACCAUUCAGUUAGUCCCUGGAGGGGACCCCGAGGAGGAAAAGCGAAGGAUUGAGUGGAGAAUGCAGAAAAUUGAACAGGAUCGCUUGCUCAGAGAGGAAGAAGCUAAGAAAAGACAAGAAGAAGCUGAAAGGAAGAGGAAAGAAGACGAAGAACGGGCAAGGCAAGAGGAAGAAAGCAGACAGAGACAACAGGAAGAAGAGAAAGAGAGGCGUCGGGAGGAAUCAAGGUUACAGAAAGAGGCCGAAGAGAAACAGAAGAGAGAAGAAGCGGAACAUAAGCAUCGAGAAGAAGAAGAACGUCGACUCAAAGCGCUCGAUGAAAGAAGGAAACGAUUAGAAGAGGAAAGGAAGAAACGAGAGGAGGAAGAACGAAUCUGGAAACGCGAACUGGAAGAAAGAAAGCAACGUGAAGAUGAAGAAAGGCGUAAACAGUUGGAGAGCAAGAAGCUUAAGCGCCGUAGUAUUGAGCGAAAGAAAUUUGAAGAGGAAGAAAAGAAGAAGCUCGAUGACAUUGAACGGAAGCGGAUUGAGGAAGAAGAAAGAGAGCGAGCAGAAGAGGAACGAAGGCGACGUGAAGAGAGGGAAAGGUGGAAACUGAAGCAAAUGGAACGAAGAAGGAGUGGAGAGAUUUACCGACAAAAAAGUGAAGAAGACAUACGAAGAAGAGAAGAGAGGUCUUCAAUUAAAGACAGGGAAAGGAAAAAGAGAGACAGCAGAAGUUUUGAAACCAAAUGGAUGUUUAUAAAUGGCGAGAGAACAGAAGUACCAGUGAAUGAAUCAUUCGUAUCGACAACAAGUCUUCCAAUUCAGAGCGAGCCUCCUGAUGUUUUCGAAGAUGAGUCGCCCAGCAGCAGAUACAGUGUAACGGUCAACACCGUGUCUACGAAAACUAUACAGAGGAGCCGCAGUUUUGAUUACAAGGAUUCAAGACAAGUCCCCAUCAUCCGCAGCAGCAACAUGUACGCAUCUGAGAGACAUAUAAGAACUGUUUCUCAGUUGUCUUUAAAAGAAGAGGUAGUGCCAUACAGAUCUCAGCCUCACUGCGAUCACCUUCUGCCCACAGAUCCUUCCGUUCAGGAGGCAGUAGAGAUGAGCUUUUUCGACAAAUAUGAAGAAAAUGACGGUACGUUGAGACCAUUUCCCAGCUGGUACGGAGGGCUGGACAUGGGAAGUUUGCCUCAUCUUUAUUCACCCACAAAUCCCAUCGAAGACUCUGACAUAGAUCGACUGCUGAGCAUAGAGAACGAGGGCUUGAAAUCUUGGAAACGUGUGAAAAAAUCUGGAGAGUUGGAGGUCUAUUCACGCAAAGGGCUGGAGCGAGGCAGUCCGCCUGUUACCAAGGCAGUGAUGGUCUUAAAGGAUAUUCCGUACAGAGACGCUAUUGACUUAGUUUCUGACUGGGAUGAACGGACCAAGUGGGACAAAACAUUUGACGGUGUCUCAUUUCUGGAUCAGAUGGCGGACUUUAAAGUCUUGAAAUGCUAUCAGAAGAAGAAACAUCGAUGUGUAGUGUUGGCCACCUUAGAUCGAGAAGAUGAAGAACCGUACCACGCAUGCGCUUGGAAAGGAGGCACCCAUCCGAGUGUUCCUGGGGAGGAUAACAAGCUCAAUGUAAUGAGACUGGAGACAGGUAUCUGUGGGGCCAUUAUCCGCCCUUAUCACGAUGCUACCAGAUCCUCGAAAAUCACAAUAAUCACACAGGUACGAGGCUCUAUUCCCAGUCCUCUGAAGAGCACGUUCUUGACGGGUAACCCAAGCAAGUGGCUGAUUUGGCUCAAAAAACAUCACGACACACGAGCUAAGGACAUCGUGGAGAAAGAGAACGAAGAUGAUUCCAACAAAGACGAAGCCUCUUCUGUUUCAUCCAGGUCGGAAAAACAGGAUUAACGAGUAUUGGGGAAGUUUCUUAAAAUCUUGCUCCUUUAAUGAUAUUCUCUAUCGAUUACUUAUUAAGAGGAAAUUUUUUAGAACAUUGUAAUCUAGCUGUUUAUUUUUUACAAUUUUAAGGUAAUGCUUGGCAAAAUUAAAAAAAAAAAAAAAAAAACAGUCUUGGCUCGCAGCAGUUGAAAACUCGUGUGUAAUCAAAACCGCAUUGUUAUAGAGGUAGUUUUUAAACAUUUCCAUAUCUAUUGUAAUAGAAAUCAUUGUCUUUUCUUAUUGCUUUUUUUUCUGAAAUUUUCUCUAAAAAUUGACAGAAGUGAUAGUACUAUAAGCAGCGGUCAGCGG